UAACUGAAUCAACACCAUUUGCAAUUUUUGUCAAGACUUUGAUGGUCCUCGCCAUCUUUCCUAACCUCCUACUGAAUCCACUGAUGCUUUUCACUUUGCGCCGUGUCACCAGCAUCCAGCCAACAACCAAAAUAUUCAUGGCUUCUCUCACCCUGUCUGAUCUGUGCAACAGCUUAUGGUGGAUCCUUAACUUAAUAGCAUUGUUUAAUGGAACUUGGUUCAUGGGUGAAUUUCUGUGUGCAGUAAAUCUGGUGAUGUCAUUGCUCUUUAAUGCACUUAGUGUUGGUGCACUUCUUCUUCUCACUGUGGAUCGUUACAUUGCUAUUUCCCGUCCUUUGCGGUACCCCUCAAUAAUGACUGUGUUAAAAUCAAAGAUAAUUGUAUGUAGCACAUGGGCUACAAUCACUGUAUCCUCCAUUCUCAUAUAUGGCAUUGAUCAUAAUACUAUUUUGGUUAUUGGUCAUAACAAGAAAAUUUGUGUAGCAAAGACAUAUGACUGGAGAACCAAUUCACUUCUUGUAUUAGGAGCACUUCAGCUACUGACCAUAUUCAUCCUGUAUGCACACAUCACCCUGAUAGCUCGCAAUCAAGCCCGACGCAUUGCUGCUGAAAACCAAGCAGGCAAUGGUCAAGGUGGGCGGGGAAUAAACACCAGAUCAGCCACCACCAUCAUCAUCAUAACGGGGACUUUAAUCAUCACCUGGAUUCCUACACUGAUAAGGUUGGCAAUAGCUACACAAAACCAAUGGGAACCUUAUGACAGGUACUUGGCCUUAAUGUUCACACAAGCUCUGGUGUUGUCCAAUGGCUGGAUGAAUGUAAUUAUUUACUACCUGAGGAACAAGGACCUUCGCCAGGCACUGUGCGGAUUACUGACUGACUGGCGCCAAAGACUGUCCCAAAGAUUCCGGCCAUAACUGUCAGAAAAUACAGUCAACAAAGAAUACAUUUUGAAAGGAUGUUUUACAGGUACCACAAGAAAGCACAGACAAUUUAGCUGCCUUAUCCACAAGACAACGAAUGUUGGGCUUUGCAGGAAUUUAUAGAUACCAGACACUUCAAACCAACUUUUGGACCAAUGCGAUGUACUUCAUGUUUCUACGAUGUCCAAGAUUAAGAAACAAAAGUAAACACAGCAACAAUAUGACCCCUGAAAUAAGAAACACAUUUAAAACAGACUACCUUGUCACAAUACUGUAAAAUAUUGAGGAUUUAUUACAAAA